CUUGAAGGACGCCAAUAUCUCUCGUGGUGUUCGCGCACUGACCGGCAGUGCUUGUGAGGAGGCAACGAGAAAAGGUACACACGGCAUCCAGCACAUCUGAAUCGCCAUGAACGGUGACGGCGAGAGUAAGAUACAGCAGCUGUUCCGGGGAGCCGGGGUCUUCGUGACGGGAGGCACGGGCUUCCUGGGGAAGAUACUACUAGAGAAGCUUCUACGCGCCUGUCCAGACGUCAGGACCAUAUUCCUCCUCAUGAGGUCCAAGAAGGGGAAGACACAGGAGGAACGAUUCGCCGAGCUCUUCGAAGGGAAGCUGUUCGAUUCCAUGAAGAAGGCCUGUCCCGAGUACUUCAACAAAGUGAGACUUGUGGCUGGGGACUGCGGACUACCCGAAUUGGGUCUCGGAGACGCUGACCGUGAACUACUUUGUCAAGAAGUGAACAUUGUGUUCCACAUCGCGGCAACUGUCAGGUUCGACGAGACCCUGAGAACGGCCGUCCACGUCAACGUGCGGGGUACCAAGUGCAUGUUGGAACUUGCGCGGGACAUGCCAUAUCUCAAGUCCUUCAUUCAUGUAUCAUCUGCCUAUGCAAACUGCCCCAUAAAACACAUAGAGGAGAAGUUCUACCCAGUGCACUUGCAGUAUGACAGUGUAAUACAGCUAGUGGAACUGCUUAAUGAAGAUAUGCUGACUGCAAUGACUCCCCUGUUACUGAAGAACUGGCCGAACACGUAUGCGUUCACAAAAGCGAUUGCUGAAGUUACAGUACAAGAAUUUGGAAAGGGUCUGCCACUAGCGGUGGUGCGACCUGCUGUAGUGAUUUCCACUGCACGAGAACCUUUCCCUGGUUGGAUCAACAACAUUUAUGGAGCUACAGGAGUUGUAGUUGGAGCAGGACUGGGACUUCUGAGGACUAUGCACUGUGACAGAGACAUGAUAGCAGAACUGGUUCCUGUUGACAUGGUCGUUAAUAUGAUGAUUGCCACUGCAUGGGAUGUUGCAACAAGACAUAGAUUGAAAGCAGAGAAAAAUCAACUUACAAAACUCACAGAGAGUCUUUCAGGUCCAGAUGAUAUUUCCAUCUUGAACUAUGUAUCUUCAACCCAAAAUCCUAUCACAUGGGGUCAGUACAUGAAGUUUAAUGAGUGUGGGACAGAGUUUCCAUCUAUGAAGGUGAUGUGGUACUACUGCUUCCAACUUCAUAAGCAUAGGAUCAUGCAUAACUUGUGUACUGUGUUUCUACACUUCUUGCCAGCCCUCAUUGUGGACACUGCAGCCAGAGUUGUUGGGAAAGAGCCAAUUUUAUGGAAUGCUUACAAGAAAAUUCACAAGUUUGUUGAUGUGAUUUCGUACUUCUGUACUCAACAAUGGAAAUUCACGAACCAUAAUGUGCAAGCUGUGUGGAGGAGGAUGACUCCACUAGAUCAACGGCUCUUUGACUUCAACAUUGCUGACAUUGACUGGGAGUCUGUGUUCAAGGCCUCCAUGCAGGGAUUGCGUAUCCAUAUGGCAGAAGAAACACCUGACACCUUAGAAGUUGCAAGGAAACGCUAUAGAAGGUUGAAGAUAGCACAUUACACUCUGGUGUACACACUGUGCUUUGUUCUGCUUGCCCUUAUAACAUGGGUCGCCAUCAACAUCAUCGUUUGACGCCUACAGCUCAUAUUGCAGCAAAGUGCAAAGAUUAUAUCUUAUAUAUUGUUCAUACUUGUGGAGGCACCUUCCAGUCACACAAGUACUCACUACUGCGUCCACUGUACAUCCUCAAUCUUGUUUGGGUCCUUGAAUGACCAAGUGUAGAAAUUACCAAGUACAUAGAACUACUUUGAAGAAUCAUAUUAUUGUCAAAUAAUGAUAUACUGAGACAGCGAUCUGUCAGACUUUUAAGCCUUUCACUACUAUGAACAGAACAGCUCCACCAUACAGACUAGACCACUGCUUUAGGGAUGACACUGCCCUGCAUAUUUAUAGAGUACUGUGACAUCAAUGUUUUUAAGAAAUUCCACUACAAUAAAAUAUAUAAUUAAUUUUCUUAAAAAAUGAAAAUAUCUGUACAGUGUAUCACCCUUAAAAUUAUGCUACACCAGGCAGCUCCUUGGUUCACCUGUGCUGUCACCCUGCACCUAAUCAUAGGUUUAUUUCACACUCUAGAAAACAGAUUUCUUUAAGCUUUAAAUAUAACAAAUUUUGCCAGAUUUAUAUGAAUUUACAUGUUUAUAUACAUGUAUUGCUCAGUUGGCACAGAGAGGGGCUACAUGCUGGAAUGCUGGGGUUCAAUUCUAAGCAGAGACAAGGUUUUUCUCUUCUCCACAAUGUGCAGACCAGAUCUGGGACCCAUCCAGCCUCCUAUCCAAUUGGUACAGAAGGAUGAUUUCUUCAGGGGUAGAACAGCAGAGGUGUGAAGCUAACCACUUUUGUCCAUCUAGUGCUGAGGUUAAUCCCCUAUAUGUCUUCAUGGCAUAUAGCACAGGGACGCUUUUACAUUUAUGCCCAUAUCUCCUGGAACCCACAGAGGUAAUAUAUCAUCACCACAGUUCAUUGUGAAGUUCUCAACAUUGUCAAUGGCAAUCAUUAUGAAUCAACUUUUCAAAAAGUCCUGAGAGGUUCUAGGGUUCACCCAGCCUCUUACCCAGAAGGUAUUACAGAACUUUUCCCUGAUGGUAAAGUGGUCAGGGUGUGAGGCUGACCCCUCAUCUUUACUCACUACCAAGACUAAGAAUGCAAGGAACCACUUCCAGUCCCAAUAUAUCUACAAGGUGUCAUGUUUGAUUAAUCGCAAGGACAACUUUACAUUUAGGCAGAUCACAUCCCAUGCUAUUAUAUGUCCCUCCUUAAAAUUUUGAAUUAGAGAUGAAUUUUCAUAUAAUUUUAUAUGAACAUUAUGCCAUUAAAGGCUGCCUUAACCUCAUUAUUUCCUAUUCCUUAAAAUCUAUCAUAAGGUUUUGGUUGAUGCACAAAUGUAUGAUGUAUGCGUGACAUUUCUGGCCUUGAUAUAGUUUCUGAAAUGAUGCUAAUAAAUCCUAAAAGAAUAUGCAACUUU